AUGACUACCUCUGACCGCUAUGCUGCUAUCAACAAGCUAGAGAUGCCCUCUCCCAUUGUCCCCCGCUCCGGUGGUAAACAACCCGUCGUGUCCCCGACUAUGAACAAGGGCAAUACUCUCGCUACUCCACUCAAGCAUCAGCAUUACUCGAGAGCCACCCCAUGGACGGAGUCAACCAUGAUAGACGAUCGUUCUUGGGUCGAGUCGGUUGACACUCCCGUUCCCACUGAAAGGGUCUCUCUUCUUACUAUCACCCCGGCCGAGAGGUUCUAUCCGGUCGUCCACGAUGCAGCUACUGUUGCUUCUGUCCAAGACGACUACCACUCCCUCGUGAACAGCCUUCGUCAACAGUGCAUUGGAGAGCAAGAGCAAAUACCCUGUCCCUUGGACGGUACCACUAGAAGGCUCAUAUACUGCGAUUAUACGGCAUCAGGAAGAGCCCUUGAAAGCGUUGAAGACUUCAUUGCGAAUCAAGUCUGCCCGAUGUACGCCAACACUCACUCCGUGGCCUCGGCUACUGCUCGGCAGACCGCCCACUUCCGAGAGGAAGCACGAGACCGUGUCAAGACAUACUUCAACUGUUCUGAUGAAGACUCAGCCAUAUUCUGCGGUGCUGGUGCCACCGGUGCUAUUCGCAAGUUUGAAGAUAUGCUCAUCAAGAGUAGAGUUUUUGCCCCGCCGUGCCGCGAGAAGAAACUCCGUAGAGCGGUCGUAGUGGUCGAUCCUGUAGCCCACCACAGUUCCCUACUUCCUUUUCGUGAGUUGACCCGCUUAUAUCCCCUCGGGAAAGGGGUCAAGUCCCGAGCUGUUACUGGGUCUCACGUAGAUGUCUCGAAAUCCCAGGCGUCUCCCGAGUUCAUCGAAAUAGAACUCGUCCUUCCUCUCGACGGUGUGAAAGGCAUUGCGUCCAUUGAGGCGCUCCGUGACACCCUGGAACAAGUAAGCAUAUUCAAUCGUCAUCAUGGUGAUGACUACGCGACCCCUGUGGUCAUUCUAUCGGCGUGCAGUAACGUAACGGGAGCAUGUCAGGACAUGCCCACCGUGUCGACGCUGGUGCAUACCUUCCGUGGUAUCAUCGCUUGGGACUGCGCUGCAAUUGCUGCUCAUAGAGAGGUCAACAUGAAUCCACCGACACACCCUGAGGGUUACAUCGAUUUCGCCUUCCUCUCUCCUCACAAGUUGCUGGGUGGGCCGGGCAGUAGCGGCAUACUGCUGUGCAAGAGGAAGCGUCAAACGAAUUCAAUACCGACCAUUUGCGGAGGCGGCACGGUCGAGUUCGUAAGCAGUAGAGGACAUUACUAUCUGUCGGACCUCGAGGAACGAGAAGAAGCCGGCACCCCUGAUAUUCUCGGAUGCAUCCGAGCUGGCGCUGUAUAUCACAUUCACACUUUACUGGGCAUUAAUGCAAUCGCCGAGGACGAGGGUCGCAUGGCGGCUCACCUCGAGAAAAAACUCCGUGGCAACAGCAAGAUUCACAUCUUGGGACCGAAAGAUGAUCAUCAUCGUCACGGUUUGUAUGUUGCUGGAAUCCUUGCGGUUUCCAAUCAGGUUGGCAGAUACUUACACUACAAUUUUGUCGGUUGUGUUCUCAACGAUGUUUUCGGCAUUCAAGCUCGAGGCGGCUGCGCAUGCGCUGGACCGUAUGGGGAGGCUCUUCUCGGCCUCGGUGGCGUCAACGGCGAGCGGUUCGAAAUGACAGCAUUGUCAACUCGCGACAUGAUCUUCAAGCCGGGGUUUGUUCGUGUUGGAGUUCACUUCACAAUGACCCAAGAAGAGCUGGAGUAUCUCGCAGAUGCAAUUCUGUGGAUUGCCGAGAAAGGGUGGAUGUUGAUGCCGGCAUAUGAGUUUGAGCUUAGCUCUGGAGAAUGGAAGCAUUCCCACAGAGACGACGUCAACGUCAUGAAGUAA